AACAACAAGAGCAGGAAGAGGAAGCUGACUGAGGUCUGUUACAGAAUGUAAUCCGCUGCUUUUUGUAUAAUUUCCCUCUUCGAAACAUCAAACAUCGCCACAAAUGGACUCAAAAGGACCUCCGCCGUACGCUCAAGGGGGCUCUUCAGCAGACAUGUCACGGAGUUUGGAAGACGAUUCCUUGGUGGACGGACCGCUGAUCUCCGCUGAUGCCCUUCACUCUGCCAUCAGGAGGGAGUUUCAGACUGUACCGACUUCCUACCACGCCAGCUUUCUGUCUGUCCUACAUGUGAUCUAUGUUGUGCUGUCCGUGUGCCUGGGCGUGCUGUGUGUGCUGAAAUUUGGCCAAGAGGAGGUGUGCAAGAAGAUUUUAGACAGCGUGCAGGGCGGCAGCGUCAUCGUGUACGGGAAGGUGUGUUUGUGGGCUCUGGUGCUGCUGUUUACUGCCUGCGUGAGGCGCCACCACAGUCGCGCCCAGAGCAGAGGAUACCUGCAGUUCUACAGACAGAUGGAGAAUGUGAAACACCUGCCAUUCAUCGUGCACUCCACAGGGAAUGUUGUGCUGCUGGUUGUUCUGGCUGCAGAGUUUCAGCCACCUGUGCACAUCUACCUGCUGCUCACCAUUCUGGGGUUGGAGGUCCUCGUGGCUGUGCCGUGCCUGAUCUACUACGCAGUCAAAGUGAUGCAGUUCAACCGAGAGCGACCCGCACCCGACGUGAACCAGGAAGACCUGUCACACAGCUACAACGUCACACACUCUCCCACCGAGAUCGGCUUCAGGGGGGGCUCCGGCCUGGAGGAGGUGGUGGAGAAGCAGGCCGACCUGAUAGAGUACCUCAAACAGCACAACACCUCACUGAGCAAGAGGCUGCUCAACAUCACCGCACAGCACUAACUGUGGGCUGGCCUCUUCCUCCUCCUCCUCCUCCUCCUCAUCCCACAAAGUGAAGUUUUAAACGCUCUGAGAGAAAGGUCUGCGGGUUUCAGAGAGCUGGACCGAAGCUGGAUGAAAGACCCAGAGCAAACAAAUGCACCCGUCCCCGCAGCCGGGAGUUCUCCUCACCUGAGAUGGACAGAUAACGCAGGAGGACCGUUAGAGGCGAAGUGGUGGGGGGCGGAGCCGGGGAGUCGUGGGUCACAGAUCAGAGGUGAGGGGUUUUUAUCGCUGUGUUACGACCCCCGGUGACCCGUGUGUGCCGCCGCUUUUGUGACUGUGAGCGCGACAGAACGGCGAAACCGUCUGAGAUCAUCUGCAGCGUGGAGGGAGAGGCGAUCAAUGAUCUGGAUCCAGCUACAGAGAGGAGGAGCAGGAAUCACUCUGAGGAAAGUGCAAACUUAUCGACCUGAAUAUGUCAGUGAUUUAUAUUUGCUCUGUUUGUUCUUCGUUUGUGCAUUUGUGAUCAGAUUCCAAUAAAGUUUCCUUUUUCUA